GUCCUCGUUUUGAUACUGACUCUGAUCUCCCGCUCCAGGAAACCCUCGUCACGACACGAGAGACGUCAGUAGGAGCCUCGGAUCCAUCCACAGCAGCCCACCGGACCACGUCUUCCACGCGGACCGCGUCCGUACCUCCAGCCUCGCCACUAGCCACAGCUGCCUCGGAACCGACGUCAACACCUCAGUUCUCCCAGGAAUCAAAAUAAACUUCUGCUUACCUGUCACUACCAGUCUCGCUCUCUCUGGGUUCCAGCAUCUGGGUCCUCCCGCUUGGAAAAUCAUGACAGAACGAACUGGCCCUACCCCGGACCCAGCUGACCCGGAAGGACUACGUUUCGCCGUCAGUCAACAGGGCAUCGCCCUGGGCCGCCAAGCCGACGCCUUGUCCCAAAUCACUGCCGCCCAGCAGGAACUUUUUCGACGGUUAGACGGACUCACGCAAACCUUGAUGGACGUUUCAGGGCAGUUAGCUUCGCCGGCUACCGCGGCAUCACUUCCGGCCCCCGGUAACAUCGUCACUUCCGCCUCCGGCUCGUCACCAGAGAACUUCCGCAUACAGCCGGAGCCGUUUUUCGGCGAUGUAGAUGCCUGUGGCGGAUUCCUCCUCCAGUGCCGCCUUCUCUUCCAACAAGCGCCAAGAAUUCUGGCGGUGGAAGCCGGGUGGUCAGAUCCAGCGCUAAAGGGAGUGUUCUACCAGUCCCUCAACGAGAACAUAAAGGAUCAUCUGUGUACGCAGCCCGAGACCAAUACUUUUGAGGAGCUCGUCACAGCCGCCCUCCGCUCCGACGCUCGUCUGCGGGAACGACACCGCGAAAGACCCCCUCCAUCUCGCAAGAGUCCGGCCCUGCCCACGCAGUAUGCUUCACAGCAAUUCGCUUCUGGUUCCCCUCCCGAGGUCCGUCAUAGCCAGACGGAUGAACCGAUGCAGGUGGGACACUCCAGGCUCACUCCUGAAGAACGUCAGAGACGUCGGGAAGAAGGUGCGUGUUUCUAUUGCGGCAAGAUCGGACACCAGGUUAAUCAAUGUAGGGCCCGGUUAAACUCCGGAGCCCCCCGCUAG